CGGUGUGUCGGUCAUGUUAGGCUGCCCCCAGGAAGUUUUCUGUUUACUUUGUAACUCCAGGAAGUCGGCGCAAGAAAGUGAGUUUAUCUUUAUCUUACAGCAAAAGUUUAACCAGAAGGAACAGACGUCACAAAAAAAGAAGGAUCCGGGAGGAAAGAAGAGAACUGCAGGGGCGGCUCCUGAACCAGCAUGACCACGUUGACCCAUCGGAGCCGGCGCGUGGAGGCCGCGGGGGGGGGGAAGCAGCAGCAGGAGGAGGAGGGGACGGGGUGGCGAGACAGCCUGGAGGACGAGGGAGAGAAGGGGGACUGCAAGGACCUGCGACUCACCCUGAUGGAGGAAGUGCUGCUGCUGGGGCUCAAAGACAAGGAGGGCUACACCUCGUUCUGGAAUGACUGCAUCUCCUCGGGGCUGCGCGGCUGCAUUCUCAUCGAGCUGGCGCUGCGGGGUCGCGUGCAGCUGGAACCCCAGACCAUGAGGAAAAAGAGACUGCUGGACCGCAAGGUCCUGUUCCGCUCAGACGCCCCCACAGGAGACGUGCUCCUGGAUGAAGCACUGAAGCACAUCAAAGUGACGGAGCCUGCAGAGAGCGUGCAGAGCUGGAUAGAACUGCUCACCGGAGAGACGUGGAAUCCUCUCAAGCUGCACUACCAGAUCCGCAACGUCCGCGAGCGCCUGGCCAAGAACCUGGUGGAGAAAGGCAUCCUGACCACGGAGAAGCAGAACUUCCUGCUGUUCGACAUGACCACGCACCCCGUGACCAACACCACGGAGAAGCAGCGGCUGGUCAAGCGCAUCCAGGACGGCCUGCUGGAGCGCUGGGUGAACGACCCCCAGCGGCUGGACCGACGCCUGCUGGCCCUCAUCGUGCUGGCCAGCGCGGCCGACGUGCUGGAGAACGCCUUCGCCUCGCUGGCGGACGAGCGCUACGAGACGGCCGUGAACCGCUCCAGGGAGCUGCUGGACUGCGACCCCGAGGCGGAAGCCUGCAAGCCGGGCGCCCUGGAGAUGAUCUGGGCCGUCAUGGCUGCUUUCAGUAAAGCCUGAGCAGCUGUGGCUGGGGAGCGUGGAACUGUGAGGGUGUGGGCGGGGCUGAGAGGGUGGAACUGUGAGGGUGUG